ACACGGUGUUGCCAGGCGGAUUUCCAAACACCACUUUUUUUUUUUUUUUAACUUUCUUCCCUAAAAAGGCCGCGUCUUCAAGUCGACCUUACAUACAUUUAGACUUGUUUCAAUUUACUGUUUAUUUUGUUGUUGUUUUUUUCUCAACACAUUGCUGGAAUUACGCCACACGUGAACUUUGAAUGCUUGCGGGAGCUCGUUCAAGUGCCUGGUACCAUUCAGCAGACUGAUGCCCCCCUCUCCGUCUGACUCGCCGUGAAUCAUGUCACGCCGGAAACAGAAGAGACCCCAGCAUCUCGUUAACGCGGAUCCGGGGGGCCCGAGGCCACUAUCUCACGAUGACCACCUGGGCUUAAAGUCACCGUCCACAUCUCUGGGCUCAGAUGUGACCUCAUCAGGGUCUUCCUCCUCGUCCCCCACCCCUCUGCAAGACUGCCAGCCGCCUCUGGCCCCUCGCCCAUCUCCCGGAGGGCUGCACGCGCCCUCCUUGCCCAGUGAGAGCUCACCUCCUCCCCACUGGCCCAGCCACAUCGCCCCCUUCACCACAUCUCUCCCCAACACCCACUCUUCCCUCUCCCCAGAUUUUCCUCACCCUUCGCUGUCUUCUCAGACCCACUCACCUCCUCCUCUGGGUCAAACCUCCGGUUCAAACAGCAUAUCCCACCAAGGAAACUCUCACUCGACCAUGAUCUCUCCACCAAUGGGCAGUUCUGCCAGCACCACUACCUCCUCCUCUUCCUCGUCCUCCUUUUCUCAGCAGCCUCACCAAGACAGCUCCAGUCCGGGAGAGCAACAGGGUGAACAAGGACAGAUGCAGGUGCCUCCUACUCUCACCGUGCUCUUAGAGGAGCUGAGAGUUCUGCAGCAGCGGCAAAUUCAACAGAUGCAGAUAACGGAAGAGAUCUGCAGGCACAUCCUCAGGCUUGGGGGGGCUUUCUUCGGACAAGAUAGUCAUGCACAGACUAGUGGUGCGGACAGCAUCCACAAGUCCACAGGAGCAGUCUCCCCAUCACAGAUGCAUCCUUCCACUGUCACCCCAGCAUCCACAGCUUCAUCACUUUUGACUGGACUUCCACCGUCUCUUUUUCCCCAACCGCUCAUCUCCAAAUCUGGAACUUCACUUGUUAAUGGUAGUAGAGUUCCCUCCUCUUCAGCCUCCACGUCAUUGUCAUCCUCCUCCUCCUCGGCUAUUUCAUCUACUAUCAGCUCUUCUGUUGCCUCCUUACAUCCUCUAUCGCUGUCGUUGGGCCUGCCUCAACGCUACCUACAUGAGAAAUUAUCAAACGCCUCUUCAUUUGGUCACAGCAAUGGCAUCACUUUCCAGACGCAUCCACUUCCCUCCACCAGUCUCCCACAGGACCUGCAGUCCAGCUCCCUUCUCACCUCUGCCUCCUCAUCUGGACGACCACAGCACGUGUGCCGGUUCUGCGGGAAAGUGCUGAGCAGUGAUUCGUCCCUCCAGAUUCAUCUAAGGUCUCAUACAGGUGAAAGGCCCUACCAGUGUCCUGUGUGCUUGAGCCGUUUUACAACCAGAGGAAACCUCAAAGCUCAUUUCCUGCGACACAGAGAGCAGAAUCCAGAGCUGUCCCUCUCCCUGCUGCCCCCCGCGCUAUCGGAGCAAACACAGAGUGCAUCGGUGCCGACUCAGAGGAGGCGAAAGCGGCGGGCUGAUGAUGACGAGACAUAUAAUGGUGUGAAAGGAAGUGUUCCAGGGAUAACGGAGAGCAUGGCUCUAGGAUUGCUGUCUGGUGCAACUGCUCGGCCCUCCCCUUCGUCCUUACCUCUGCCCCCCUCAGUAGACAUGGCACUUCUGUCAACAGCCCAUUCACUGCUACAGUUGAACAGAGCCUCAGCUGCUGCUAGCGCGUCCAGCACCGCACUGGCUUCUUCUUCUCCGUCUCCCUCAUCCUCCUCCAGUCAGUUUAAAGGAGCAAAGCAACAGCGAUUUGAUGAAAACACUCCUCCUCACUCUGCCCUCCAUCCUACCUCCCCAUAUUCCCAACUGGCCCAUCUUCCCAAGAUUCUUUUUCCUGGAGGAGCCUCGCCUCACCACCUUGCACUUCUCCGACCCCCAAGCCACCCCUCCACUUCCCACCUCACUUCCCCUCAUCAACUACCUUUUCCUUUCCCACCCUUCCCUAAACCAUCCACCUCGUCCCCCUCCUCAUCCUCUCCCACCACCUCCACCCAGACCUCCGACACAUCCAAGCUGCAGCGGCUAGUACAGAAGCUAGAAAAGCAGCCACAAGGGGGCUUUUCUUCCUCAUCUCUCUCCACUUCUUUACAAAUCACAGCGGAGUCUAAUGGGGAAACAAACGCCCAUGACCUGACCACUACCUCCAGUGCCUAUCGCAGGGAAAUGUUGGCAGCUCUUGGACUGAGCCCCAGCGUCAAUGCUGCAGUGACCAGCAAAGGAGUCUCAGGUUCAGGUACCACAACUACUACAGCUACCCCAUCCCUGCCCACUGCCCAGGCUGCUAAUCAGUGCGGAGUAUGCCUCCGUGUCCUCAGCUGCCCUCGAGCUCUUCGUUUGCACCAGGCCACACAUCUGGGGGAGCGGCCCUUCCCUUGUAAGCUUUGUGGACGUUCCUUCUCCACAAAGGGCAGCCUCAGGGCUCACUUGGCCACUCACCGUUCAAGGCCGCCCAAUGCCCGCGCUCUAAACUCCUGCCCACUGUGCCCACGCAAGUUCACUAAUGCCUUGGUUCUUCAGCACCACAUACGCCUGCACCUCGGAGGACAGAUACCGCCCGAUGAGGAGAUACCACAUGAAGAUGGUGCAGGAACAGAAACUGCUGUCUUUGAAGAUGGUGAAAAUAAAUCAAUUAGCUCUCCAUCUAAAACGCAACAAAUCCUUCCCCUGGCUUUGACAACAGGCCCCAAGUCUCCAGCAGAGAGUCUCAACUCAGGAUCCACUUUUAAGCAACCUACAGGUAACGAUGGUGACUCAGUGAAGGUUGAAGAAUCUGAAGGCUCAACUCCCAGUGUUAGUCCACCGCUAACCAGCAAUCCUCCUUCAGUGGGAGCAGAAAACCCCCUGCGUCUGGGAGAAAAUGUUCCAGCUGACAUCAGCCCCACAAAUGGGUCUAUAGGCUUGGAGGCGGAAACCCAUGCUGAACCGGGCAGCACUGCUCCUUUCAAAGUACCCAUAGCUAGCUCUCAUUCAGUUGGAGAUAGCGGAGAUUUAAAGGCUGAUGAUACCCCUCUUUCUCUGUGUGUCUCAAAGCCCGGUAUAGAGAAUUUUGUCUCACACAGGGGGGUUAAUAAUGAUGAAACAUGCUCCACUAAUGAGCCCUCAGCUAGUCCCAGCAGUAACCCGAAUCCCCCAGCUGCAAAUCCCAUACCUGCACUCGCAACACCUACAAGCCCCAAAGCUAACCCUGAGGCAGAGGAGACUUGUAGCAGUGGACCACAUGACUUGGGCGGCAAAGAUGUUGGCCACAGUAAAGGGAAGAGCGAAACCACCACACCCAAACAGUCGGAUCCAGAACAUGAGAUGGACACUCCAACGAAGGAAAGCUACGACACGUCAGAGAAAGUUUCUAAGGACCCUGAGCCCUGUGUCACAGCACCAGCACCACACACCCAGCCUCCUCGCCCUGACAAACCCUACAGCUGCUGCCACUGCGGAAAGGCAUAUGCCAGCCGAAGUGGACUCAAGGGGCAUAUGAAAGUUCACCCUGGAGCGUUGACUAACACCCCUUCCAAGGCUCAAACCAAUGAAAGUGACAUUGUGGAGGAUCGUGGGUCACACUCAGCCAAUAAGAACUCCGGAGAGCAGGAGGAAAAGCAGGGAUUGGCCCAAGAAAAAGGUGACAGCACAGAGCCUCUCCCGACCAGUGUUGCCUCAGAUGUGACAGUUGAGGCUACGGACAGCACUGCAUAGAAAGUUGUUGGCUGCAUGGCUGCGGUCAAUUGUAAACGGAUCCUGACAAAGGAAUGUAUUUUUUCAAUUUUUCCGAAAUAGAAUGAGAUUUGUUUUGCAGAGUCUUUAAUGUUAAUUCAUGAUUAGCUUUCGUAUCAAGCAGAUAGAUCUAGUUUAUAUUUUAGUAUAAUUACAGGAACUUUGUGAAUGUAGUAUUUGUGCAGUCUAUUUUUGUAUUUCAAAGACCACAGUUAGGCCUUAUAUUACAUACAGUACUGUGUAAAAGCCUUUGGUACUUCUUGUCAUUUUAUCACAAUUUUGAUAACGUGACCUAUUUAUCCUCUUUUUUUUGAUACAAAUCGGAAAUACAGGAAUGUGGCUUCUUGAACCUAAAUAAAAUGGAGUCCUAACUAGUAUCAGUGCAAACAUCUGUAUGGGUGAAUGUUCUUCAAGAGAGUUAAAUCAGUGCUUGGUUCAGAGGGAGGUCACACUAAAUACUGCCUCUCGUUGAUGGAGUCAUUUUGUUCCAGACAUUGUUUGGUUUUAUUUUGCGUACAUGUUAUCUUGCCGCAUACUGAUAUGGAUUCUUCCAUGGCUACUGGCCAUUAUUUGGAAUAAAAAUUUCCAAUAAUCAUCCAUCUGAUAUGUCUACCUCUGAUACUGUCACUGUACUGGUUGUAUCAUAUUAAAUAUACCCAAAAAUGCAUAUAGAAGCUCACUUAAACUUUUAUAAAACAAAAAGACCAGAGGUGCCAACAACUUUUGCACAGUACUGUAGCUUACAGUAUUGUCGUGAUGAGUUGAUUGUUUGUUUUUUUUCUGCUCACACCUGUUUCAGCUCAUACUGUUUUAGUAUAAAAGGACCAGUAUAAGCUGUUUUGUUUUUUUUGUUUUGUUUUUAAGGAAUAUCCAUAAUUUUGCAAAAUGAACUCAAUACCAAAACAGGUCACGCUCCUUGGGGGCUUAUGUUUGUACAUACAAACAGCAGCUACAUUUAAUGCCUUUUUAUUGUAACUGCCUUACCUUUUUUCUUUUUUCUUUUUUAUUCAAUGCUGCUGAAUGCAUGUUUUUUGAUGUGCUGAGUUGCACUGUGAGUUGCACUGUUUUGUGCAGCCGAAACAUCUACUGUAAACGGACCCACCCCAGUAAUAAUUCCAGCUGUGAUGCUGUUGGUAAUAAUAAUAUUAAUAAUGAUAAUUGUACGACUAAUUUUAUGAAGUCCUUUUGCUUACAAUUGUAAACGGUUCAGACCUUAUUUCUGUGAUUAUGGCUGAUUGUGAAUGUCUACUUAUUUUUGUUGGUGCUAUCUGCACAGUUAAACCUGCUGCAGAGGAUGACCCUUGUCCCUUAUCCCCCCCACCCCACCCUCCCAGUCUCAAAGCCCUUGAAAGAGCUCUGCUCCUGCACAAAUUGCCUGCACUCACUGCAUUCCUGCCUUGCUCAGUUUAGUAUUUGUAUGCCUUUGCCUUUUCUUUGUAACUCCACUUAUUUUUCAUAGCGAUGACAGACUGUG